AUGGAACUUGAUACGCUUUAUUCUUGUGGUUCUAACGGUUAUAAUGAAGCCUUAUUUUCUGAUACUUUUAAUUUCUUUAAUGAGAACUUUGAUGAUAUUUCGCUAUAUCAUAAUUUUCUUACCAAUGAUGUGAACUUUUUACCAGACUUGAAUUUUUUACCAGACUCCGAGCCAUUAUCUCUUAACAGUAAUAUACAACAUCUUGAACCACUUAAUGAUAUUCCUGAUUCUGAUAUCCCCACUUUUGAAUUACUCAAUGAUAUAUCGAAUCCUUUUAAUUAUCAAUAUAACCUUGCUGUUGGUGACAGUUUUGAUGAUUGGUUGUCAGUCGAUGCAUUUAUGCAUCAAUACUGCUUCGAACGAGGCUUUGGUUAUCAAAUUUUUCGUAGUGAUAAGGACCUGAAAGAUCCCACUAUCAUCCAUCAUAAAUCAUUUCGAUGUUCAUCAAGUGGUGUUUAUAAAGCUUGA